GAGUGUGUGUAUGAGUUUGUUUGUAUGCGUGUGUGUGGUGCGGACCCACUCAGUCUUAACAGCGUCAAAGACACCGUCAGACCGGUAAGAGCAGCGCGGUGUGUUUUUUACCUGACAGUUCCUUCAAACACAUUUAUUUACGUGUUUCGGUGUGACGUCGCGUUGUGUUCACUCUCUGCCGUAAGUGUGAGGGACUGCGAUGCCCUCUGACUUUAUCGCCCUCUUCAGCGAGGACAACGACCUAACAGCUUCCGCAGCAUUUAAUUUUAAAGGUAAGAAGAUCAUAAUAGCAAAUACAGUUUGUUUUUUGCUUUUGCUUUGCAUUUAUGGGUGUUUCAAAUUUAACGCCCACCUGCCUGUUGCGCUCUCGCUCUCUUCCUUACUCUCUCUCUCUCUUUCUCUCUCUCUCUUUCUGUGGUGUUUAUUACCUUGUGUGUACUCGUUUUUAUCCUCUUUUCUGGAGACCAAACUUUCCUUCUAAUGCUUAGGUUGGAUAUGUAACGGUGUUAGUUAAGGUGUCCAAAAUGUAGUUAUUUGCACUAGUACGUGACAGUCAGUGGAUUUUUGGCAGUUGGAGUUUGACUUAAAGGGGCAUUUAAGGGUGAGUCUUGGUUAUGGUCAAAUAAAAAUAGUUUGGAUAAUGUUAGAGACAGGGUCAAACACUCACGUUCGUUAGUACAAACAAAAACAUCUUUACAGAUGGCUGUACAAUGGGACUCAGAACAUUUAUCUUUUAUGCCACUGGAUCAUAGUUGAACAAGUAAAGGUAUUUUUGCGAAAUGCAACAAUUGCGUGUCUGCUAAAAUAAUAACAAAAAAUGAUAAAGCUGAGGCUACAGCUGUAACACCUUUCUUAGGAGGACAUACACUAUAUACAACUAGAACAAACAAAUCUGAGUGCCUUUUUUAACUCCAAAAAAAUCAUAUUUUUGCCAUUUCAUAUUAAUGAAAUAUUGUGUUGUAUUUCAUCAUUAGCAUUUUAAAGUAAAAAAACAACAUUUGUCUAGUGAUGUACAAUUAAUAGAAUGUCGAUUGCGAUUUGGACAUCCAACAGUCUCUUUUGUCCAGAAUGAUUUAUGCUCACUGAUGUAGGUUUGUCAAAAAGCCAUCACGAGUAAGAUGGCAGGAUAGGCCGGAGGAGAAGGAUAGCAGUAGGAAAUAUUAAAUGGAGAGGAGCAGCAGGAGGAGAUAUGAGGAGAGGAGCAGCAGGGAUUAGUCAGCAUUAACGUAUAGUAGGUUUACCAUGCACAUGUAACAACAAAUCCCUUUUACCAACUAACCAACAUCAUAGGCAUCAAUAACAUACGUAAUACAUAGUACUAAAUCUGUCCUGCCAUCAUUCACUGUGUAUGUUUACUGUUUGCUCCAGGAUCUUAGAUGGAGUUACUGAGUUUGAGUUUGUUUGAUAUCAUUUGUCAGAAUGUUGAAUACAGGCAUUGGGUAUUUAGUAUAUCGUAACAAUGCACUAAAAUGAGAGCAAACAUAUUUUGGUCUGAUUUUUAUAUACAUACAUUGCCCCUAAUUUAAUUAAAUAAUUUGUUUGCUUUCAAGAGACUGAAAGUCCAUUACAUUACUUGUUUACUACUAGUAAUGUACUACAUUACUUGGUUCCACAAGGUUCCACAGGAAGGUAUAUAGAAAAUAAAUUAUUAUGUGAUAAAGUAUAUUAUACAGUAUAACAAAUUUGAUUUUUAUUAUGUGCAAUAAAUGCAGCCUUAGCAAAGUUGAACUAAUAUCGACAGGCUCCUCUGAACCACAGAAAGUCUAGACCCCUAAGCCUGUGAGAGAUGGAUUAUUAAUGAUUGAGCCUAAUUCCUUGGUGAUUUGUAGCAAUAAUGCUAAUGUGAUGUUAAAUCUCCAUUGUUUGCUUACAGGUUAUGCUAUUAUGUUUCUGUGUCAGGGUAGUUUAGGUGUCUGUGUGUCAGCCCACCACACUCCUACUGACUUUAAAAAAUCAAAACCCACAUCCUAAUAAAAACUCAUUUUUUAGGUUCUGAAUGUGCCACUUUGGAAAAGACAAUCAUUUUUGUUCCUACGUUGGGAUGCUGUUGUUAGUUAGGCUUCAGUGUGAAGCUCAGAUAUAAUUAGAAAAACACAUUUGUUUCUUUUAUGAAGAAACAGAACUGACAUAACUAUCCAUGCAACUCAAUAUCGGAAACUCCACUCAUGCUUUCAUUUGUAGUUAACUUAGUUGACAAUGACCACUUGCCAUCAGGUUCACAUCAAAGGUAAAACGUUAUUGCCGUUCCAUAAGUUUAUCAACGAAGGUUAACAACUGUGAAACCACAUUCUUCAAAUGAUUUAUUGACACCAACCAAAACAUAGCUGAUCAUUAACUCUUUGGCAGCUGCGUGUAUAGAACAUAGCCUUAGACGCACAAAAUAGGGAUUACCUGUGUAAUUAAACUACUGAUGAUAAUGCAAUUUCCAAAUAAAAGAUAUUGCAGAGAUGUAUUUCUGUUACUUAACCAACAUCAAUAAACCUUCACUUAAUAGAACACUGAGAACACAUUUAUUUGAUAUCUAUAAACCAACGAGGCAAUAAAUUCCAACCUCUAAUGACUUAGUAAAUCAAUGUUAUCUUACGGAAACCAAAGGAUAAAUAAUUUAUUUGUUUUUUUAAAACAAUGGAGAGAAAAGAGACUUUUUUCUUGUCAUAUAAAGAGUAUACAAAUCUGUGAAAUAAAUUGAAUUGUCCUCUGACAUGAUCCACUACUGGCUUUUUUGUAUAUAAGAUGUCAUAAUGCUCAUAACUUUUGUAAAUGCAAUGGAUGAAAAAGUAUAAUAAGUUGCAUAAUGUAUGUUCAUUUUGAUCCCCGGUGUAAAAUACCAAUAUGAUAUCACAUGAAAAUAGGUCAAAGUGUUAGAGAUAAUGUUUCUGAGACGCUACUACCUGAAAGUAAAUGUAGGUCAAAGCAACUCCCUCCUUGUAUGUGCAUUAUAAGUCACUGUUAACCUUGCACCAGUAAAAAAAAAAAUUACUACUGCCUGUCUUUGUUUAUGUAAUCUUCAAGUUAAAGUCAUCUAAAUUCAAUUCAAUUUCACAAAUGAGUUAGAGAAUUACAAUUCAAAUUACUCAUAAUCAUGAAACUGGUGUGGCCUGUAUUCCUUAUCCAAUUUGAACUCAUUUUUGCAUAUCAAAUGCAGGUUAACUCAUUGAUCAGGGUGAGUGACCAUGUGAUCCCUCUGGUAUUUACUGCACACUUGUGACUGUUUUGACCACAACAAAUCAACAUACAAGUGGUUAAACCUGUUAAAAACUCUGUGUCUCUCUCUUGUUGCUUGUCUUUCUUUGUUUUUUGUUUGUUGUUUUUGUUUCUCUUGUUCAUGCUGGGUUUUUUAAAAAGAAAUAUUUUAAACAAAAAUGCACAGACCUCUAGCCUAGACAUGUACCAAUUGCAAUUUUUGGUUUGAUUUUUUUUUUUUUUUUUUUUUGUGGCAAUUAUGACUAUGAUAGAUACUGGGUUUGUUUUUUCUCUCUUUCUUUUAAUUACAUUCCUUUAAGUACACUUUUGCACACAUUUAUUUGUCCUUUUACAGUGUGGUUACUAGGACAGUGGUAUUGAGAUUUUUAUUACAGUACCAACAAGAACCCAGAAAGUCAGCACCACAUUAAGCAUUUAUUAUUUAAAGUGAUUUUCAUAUUUCUUUGAAUCUUUAAUUCCAUGACACAUUAUUCUGAAAACAACUGUUUAAACUUUAACUAAACAAUCCCUAUAAGAAGUUCUGCAUAAUGAGGGAAGCCAUAACGCUCUCCUCUGAGAGAUCAAGAGGGCAGAAGGACUUUAUGCAUUUAGUUUCUCACACUGAUCUGUGAAAAGUUCAAAGCACCUGUGAGAUCUUGCAACCAGCCUUCUGUUUUCUCUGCAGAACUAUGUGAUUUAGACAUAUAAUAUUUAGCAUGCAUGCUAGUUGUGCAUAUACUACACCCGAAUUGUGAGGCAUUGUUAGUUCACAACUGUGUUGUUUGUUGACCCAUGGUUUACUUUUUCUUUUCUUAAUAUUUUUUUUUUCUAGAAAGAUUCGUUAAGGUAAAAGUUCUACAUGAAGCAAGUCAUAUUUUUUUAUUGCUGAAACUGUGCCAUUACAUUGUUGAUUUUAUUUCUUGGUCUUUUUAGGUUCAAAUUCUGGUGUCAGUAUUCAAAAAUAGUUACAUCAAGGUCAUCGAGAAUAAGAUGACCUGGAUGACCUGAGAACCUACACAGAUUUGUGGCAAUAUUAACUUUGUUGAUUUGGUUUUGAAUAAACAUUUAACAACUGUAAUGGGUUUUGUUGACAUGAGGUUUACCUGAGCAAUCCUGUGUUAUCUGCUGAUCAACUAACAAGUGACCUUGCAGAGAAGUGGGUUUAACCAUAGGCACGCAUCUUGCUGUACAUUUGGCAUGCUGUUGUAAAGCUGUCUGUGCAAUUGUCUAUUGUCUAUAUCCUGUGAAAUAUGUGCUUUUUGUUUGAGUCAUUUUAUGCUUCCUUGGAAGACUGGCAUCACUGGAAUGCAUCCUGUCAUUGUGUUUAUUUUUGUCUUUAUUUAGUGAUAGGUUUAGACACAAACUUGGCAACGUAGGUAGAUUUAGAAUUGUUCUCUGGAAGAACUUGUACAAAUCUCUCCUGUGCCCCCAUUUGAAGUAUAAAUCUUGGUGUUUUCAUAAAUAUUGAGAUAUUUUUCAAGGUCUAGACUGCUGACAUACGAGCACAGUCAUACAUUGUCUCUCCGAGAUUGCUUUUACAUCCUACAACUUUAAACUUUCACUAUAGUAUUUCAUAAAAAACAGAUCUUUAUGCGUAGCAUUUCUAAUAAGCAAUAUAAAAUCAUUUCUAGUAACAGUAUAAUGUAGUCUAUGUUGGACAAAACUCUCCAUGACUUUGAACAGGUGCCAUGUGUUUUAAACAGUCAUAAUGGUGAUGGUAUAAUAUAUAGAAAAAAAAUAUACAUACAUGCAUAUACACACACACGUAUAUACAGUAUAUAUCAGACAUCAUCACAAAAUGUUUCAAAUUACCUGUUAUUUUUCUCUUAAUUUUAACUGCUUGUAAUGGGUUUGUACAUAAAUGAACCAGUAAUUACAUCUAUGCUGAACACAGUUGGUUUUGAGGUUUUUUAACUUGGUAACUAUCGACCAAGAAGUUAAAGUUGAAACAUUGUUUAAUUUGUUUCUCUAAAGGUCACUUUAGCUACAUACCAACAAAUAGCAAUGUUUUGCCUGUGUUCAAGGUGAACCUUUUCUCAGCUGAGUAACUUCAGCCACAUUUCAGUGCAAAUCAUUUUCCCUUUGGCUGUAAUAGUCCUUUAUGUUGUCCCUAAUUUUAGUAUAGUUUUGGAUUGUAACUUGGAUACUAGAAUCAUUCAUCACUGUGUCUGUGACAACAGCUGUGGAUAAUUUCAUCAGUGUUUUGUCACGACUCUCUACUUCAUUCAACUUUGUAAAAACCUUUAAGCCUGAGAUUAGCAAAGAGGGAGGUUUUUUAAUUGGCUGUCAAGACGUACGUCAAACGUCAAUGACAGUGCUCAUGUCAAUGUCUCAACUUCUGAGCAGGCCACAACAUGCUUGGGUGAACACUGAUGACUCAAUGCCUUUCUAAGUUAAUUGUUUUUGAUACAUUUACUUUUUUGUAUAUACACUGUUUAAUGAUAAAAAUAACAAGACAGAUAUAAUGUUAAUAAGAAGUGACCCUACCAACAUGUUUUUUUCGUUUCUUAGAUAUCAUACUGUGAUUAAUUUCACAUUUUCUUCGUUUUCUGUCUGCUGUAGGUUCGUUUCGAUAGCUGUAGAUCCUUUGAAGUCAGCGUUAGCUGAAGGUGUGGAUGGAGCCUUAGGCACAAAUUGUCAUUCAUAAUCCUUAAACUGAUCCUUAAACUGCAAGUCCUAAUGAGUAAAACCUGAGAAUGUGUAAGGAGACUACACAGAAAUUACAACAUAGAUAUUGAUUAUUGUAUCUGGGAAAAAAUGUGAUUUAGUUAUCUUUAGCAUUUAGCAUUACGCAAUUCUGACUUCACUUGAGUUGUCGAGGAGAUUGCUAAUGUUUAUAACAAUUUUGAAGUCCAUUGUGGAAGGUGUUUUCAAACUUAGUUGGUUGUUAGUCGUUUGGAAACAUUUUUAAUAUUACCAAUUGUUUUUGUAAAAUACCAAACUGUAUUGUUGUUCGAGGACAAAAUCUGCCCUAAUAUAUAUAUUUAUCUUUUAUAUAAAACAAAAUAAAACUCUGCUCCGCUUACACACUUUUUUUAAGCUUAGUACUUUAUUUUGUGAUUUCUCCUUGCUGGUGAGCAUUAACGUGCAGUGUUGCUAAAGGCCUUUCCUGUUGCCUCAGCAAAGUUUUCCUGUGAACAGGAGAGAAGUGCCAAUGUUGGCACACCAAAUGUUUUGUCAACCACGACUUUUUGUCUCCCAAUAGGUCUAAUGUGUUAUAAGUUUAUCUAUCAGACUUUUAAUACCAGAAAUAAACUCAAGUUUUAAUUUAAAAAUAAACACAAUCUACUGAGACUAACAUUGCCACUAACUGCAGUGAGGAUGUUUGUAAAAAGGAAUGACCCACUUCUCCCUCCUUGUAGUUGUAUGUUUAGUCUUCAGUGGAUUGUUUUGUCAGGUCAGGAUCAUGGUGGACAUUUGUUGAAUGAAAGUCAUGUAAAUCUAGAGCCUAGAGGACAUUCCUGGUCAGUUAGGAUUAGCUGGACUCAAAAAGUCACAUGAAAAACGUCUGAUUUGGUAGGAAUUGUUUAGCAUGUCGUUGGCAAAAUGUUUUUCAUUAUAGCUAUAAUAAUUUCAUUAUAAUGAACUAAUUAUUCUUUAGUCUUUAAUUAAUCUAUCAUUGUUAAGAUGAAUUGUAUUGCUGACAUGUAGCCCUGUUCCACAAUAAACUUCUAUUAAGAAUCUUGGAUAAAUACUUUCUCUUUAAUGAAGUAAUCCCAAAUGCAAUAUUUGAUUGAAUACAUGCCACUACUUCCUGCUACUCUAGGGUAGAGCUCAUCUUUCAACAUAUUUGCGUCACUGUGUAUUAAGUUAUCAGCAUUAAUGACAGUCAUUGUUGUAAAUAAAGGUUAAGUUAAAAAUAAGAUUCCAACACUAUGAAAAUGUCUGUAGUAUAAACAUAUUGGUUUGUACUACAGACAUUUUCAAACAUAAGAUGUUUGGUAAAUAGGUGAAUAUCAAAAUACUCUCUUGUCUUUUCUACUGUCUGUCCGAUAUGUAUGGGUUCCCCUUGACCUAUGGCGUUUUGUGGUAACAUUGGCACCUCCCAUAAAUUUCUUAAGAAAAUUUUGUUUAAUCAUUCCGACGUUAUAUGCAGAAGACAGCUUUGUUUACAUUCAUUAGCUGUACGACAUACAUUGGAUUGUGCUACAUUGGCUUUCUUUCGUGUUUUUUUUUUCAGAACUUUUUGCUUCAGAUGUUUUUAUGUAAUCGAUUAUGAUGUCACCACUGUGAGUGACAUAAGUACUUAUACAGUAUGUGAGUUCUGACUAACAGCGAAAAUCAAGUUACGCCGUACCAUAAGAACAAAACUGUGACGUAAGGCGAGGAACCCCGUAACAACUUUCUCCCCUUUGUUUUUUUUUUUUAAAAAAAGCAUCUCUGACUUCGGUUAUUAAAAAAAUGCUACUGAUCUACAAACAUCAUGGCUUCUCCCACUCCCACCGUGUACACAUCCACCAAUGGCGGCAAUCAUAAAAUCAGAACAUUAUUUUCUUGGAAUUCUGUUUGUCAGAAAACACUGAAAACUAAAUGUUGGAUCAUUUUUUGAUUCAUUAAGUGGAGUUAGAUAGUUAGAUAUAAUGUUUCAACUGUUGAAAACCAUUCCAUUGAUCUCUUAGAAUAAAUAUUUGUAGAAGUGAAGCAGUAAAUGACGGUUUUAAGAGAAGUUUUUUUUUUUUUUGAUUGCAUUAAGUGAUUAUCGCCACAGUGUUGGAAGGGUUAUGUCCUGCAACAUUAGGAUCUUCAUUUGACUAAAGCUAAUGCUGUUUUAUUUUCCUAUUUUCUGCAUAUUGCCUCAGAAAGGAUGCAAAUGCUUCAAAGACGUGUCCCCGGCUCUGUGUUACUAUGGAGCCUCUGGCAUUCUUUGUGUAGGCUUGGCUGUAAACAUUUCAGCGUUGUUGCACAUGCUUUGCUGCAGGUGUCAGGUCCUUCAGUGGUGGCUCUUUUUUGUCAAGACACCAACAUUGCAGACUUACUCACUUCUGUCUGGUUCCACCUCAUGUAUCACUGCAGACUGAAUUUUUCAACAUAGGUGAGUUUUUCUGUUGCUUCACUUCUGCUUGACAGAAUUCCAUAUAAAAAUUCCUUUAACUUGUUGGACAGGUUUCAGUGCAGAAAAAGCUCUGAAAGCACUGUAAACAAAACUGGGAGAAUAAGCAAGGUAGGUGGAGUGGAGGAGGGGGACAGAAUGGAGAGUGAAAUCAUUCACUCGGCCAAAAAAACUGCGCCACGCCCCAGGUGCCAUGACUAGUAAAAGCAAGCAACAGGAAUGUGAGUGUAAUGAAUGGGAGUUUUAAGGUCUGACAUUCACAUGAGUCAAGGUCGGACCUUCUUCCCAAAGCACUGCAGUUGCCUUCAUCAACAUUGCAGAAAACAAAAAUCAUGAGUCAAACAAGUGGUGGAGAGGCGGUGACUCCUCCUUCAGCUUCUUUAGCAUCAGAUGCCAUGUCCUUUUCUCUGACCACGGAAGGCCCCCAUAGUGCCUUUUCAACCCCUUCCAGCUCCAUCAUGCAUUCCACAUCUGCAGCAAGUGACCAGAACCUGGUUCACAGCAUCAAUGACGACCUAGAAGACAAUAGGAGCUGCAGAUUGGUUCCAGAGGUGGUAGGAGCGGAAAGUGGAAAUGGCAAUUGCAGCAGUGGCAAUUCCUGCAGGGGGAGCAGUGAACUCGGGACUGGAAGAGGCGUGACAUCCAUAGAUAGCCAAACACAUCACCAGAUGGCCUCCUCUAAGCGCCAUACCGUGUUGAACAUCUCUCCACCGCCACAAGACUUGUUUGAUGACAGCCUCAUGUCCUGCCAGGAUGAAGCAUCUCGGGAUUCAGAGCAGAGUAGCAGCAUCUGGAUGGAUGACUCCCUCUCCAACUUCAGUAUGAUGAGCACAGUCUCGUACAAUGACAACACAGAGGUACCACGGAAGUCUCGUAAACGUACUCCACGACAGAGGCCUGGUCCAAAAGCUGUGCCUGCAGUAGAAGCCAGCUUGGAUGUGUUUGAUGCAGACAGUGCCAAAGGCCCACACUUUGUCCUCUCCCAGUUAGGCCCAGACAACAAGACAGGCUCAAAAGGAAGUUCUGAUGUUCAUCAAUCAGCAAAUCAAAAGAGAGGAACUCUGUCGAUGCAGUUCCCACACAAGAGUGAAGGGAAGGAGCUGAAGAUUCUUGUUCAGCCUGAAACUCAACACCGGGCUCGCUAUCUGACUGAAGGUAGCAGGGGAUCAGUGAAGGACCGCAGCCAGCAGGGUUUUCCUACUGUAAAGCUGGAGGGAGUGACUGAGCCUGUGGUUUUACAAGUGUUUGUGGGUAAUGAUAAUGGACGGGUAAGGCCUCAUAGAUUUUACCAGGCGUGUAGAGUGACCGGUCGCAACACCACAGCCUGCAAGGAAGUGGAUAUUGAUGGCACAACAGUGAUUGAGGUCCCCCUUGAUCCAAGCACCAAAAUGACAUUAGCGGUGGACUGUGUUGGGAUACUUAAGCUCCGUAACGCUGAUGUUGAGGCUCGUAUUGGUGUUGCUGGCUCCAAGAAGAAGAGCACACGAGCUCGUUUGGUGUUUCGGGUCAAUAUACCUCGUUCUGAUGGAUCAAUGCUGACACUUCAAACCCCGUCAUGCCAGAUUUUGUGCACCCAACCUGCAGGGCUGCCAGAAAUCCUGAAGAAGUCACUACACAGUUGCUCAGUACAAGGGGGAGAGGAAGUCUUCAUCAUUGGCAAAAACUUCCUAAAGGACACUAAAGUGAUAUUUCAAGAGAAUAUUUCUGACGAUAGUUCGUGGAAAGCAGAGGCUGAAAUCGACAUGGAGCUUUUUCAUCAGAAUCACUUGAUCGCAAAGGUUCCUCCGUAUCAGAAUCAGAAUAUCACCACUGUGGUACAUGUGGGAGUCUAUAUGAUGACCAAUGCUGGCAGAUCCCAUGAUGUUCAACCUUUUACUUACACUCCUGACCUGGUAAAGCAAGAUGUUCUUGUGAAGAAAGAGAUAUCUUCUCCAGUGAAGACUUGUACUAUUGAUGAACCAAUUAAAGAUGGUGGUUUGAUUCCCUCAAGGUUGCCAGCAGUGAAAAGAGAAGAUGUGACUCCAAUGGAAGUGAGCAGCAAUCUCCAAUCAUCGAGACAAUUUAAGACUCCAGGCCUUUGUCCAGCCCAGCAGAGCACAGACUUAGCUGCUGGACAUCUUAACCCAAACAGACCAUUUCCCACCAACCUGUCACAAGCUGGAGCUGACCAAGACAACAACCAGGCUUCUGUUUUUACCAACACUGAGUCCCUAAGCACCAUCCACAAGCAGGACAUUGCUACUACUGUCUCAUUUUCUAUGCCUACAGACUCCCUUCUCCAGCAGAGCUCCCAACAGUUCCUCAUGGAGUCUAGAGAAGGUCUGGGCCAGGAAAGGCCAGCCAGUGGAUCUGGAGGUGUAGCGAGGUUGUGUGUGGACCCUUCACCGCAGCAGCCUGAGCUUCCACUCUUCCAGCCAGAUGAAGUGACCCAGCUGGAGGAGGCAGUUAGACAACUUAAAGCCAAAGGCUUCUGUAGCUUAGCUAUGCAGUCUGACAACUCCAUGUCAGAACAGCAGCAGCAACAGCACAUGCAACAACAGCAACCGAUUCAAAAACAAGUUCAGCAGCAACAAAUGCAGCAACAACAGCUUCAACAUCAGCAGCAGCGACAAGUGUUGGAUAAUUUACAGCAGCAGCUUUUUCAGCCACCAAUUCAAAUGCAGUGUGGUCUUUAUCAAAAUGUGUCCCAGGGAAAGAACAUUGAACAGCAGGCCUCACCACAAGGGGUGGUCUCCAACCCAGGGUCUCUUUUCCAGCAGGUCCAGCAGCAGCAGCAGGCACCCUUUUUUCAGCAGGCAAAUAAUCUGCUUUCUAUCCAAACCAACUUUCUUCAGCAGACACCCUCUCACCCAUCACCACCCAUAUUCCACAAUCCCAGCCCUUUGACAGAAUCACAGGAUCCUCAGGGGGCUCUGUUUCAGAAGGCAUCUCAGGAGCAGGUCCAGGCAGCUCUCUUUCAAAAUAACAUGUCAGUACUACAGUCUCCAGAGCAACAACCCUCCAACCCUGGACUCUUCCUCCCUCAAACAUCUCUGCCCACUCAGCUCACAACCAGCAAUUCACAGCAGCAGCAAAAUCAACAUCAACAGCAACAGCUUGCUUUCCUUAAUGCUCUUCAAUCCCCUGUCGCUGAGCCACAGUCAGUAUUUCAGACCCAGAACCAACUCUCACCAAUCCAGCAGAUAAGCCCCCUGGAGCAACAGCAGCAGCAGCAGCCCCCUCAGCCUCAGGCACAGACACAGCCACCACAGCAGGCUUCUCUUUUUCAUCCAUCUACAAACACUCUGUCACCUGGGCAGCAGCAACAGCAGGCGGGUCUCCUUUUCUGCAGUAACACACUGUCCUCACCGGACCAGGCCUCUAGCCUCAUCUUUAACAGCCAAGGCCAGAUGCCACCUUUGACUAGCAGCAAUUUAGUGACUCAAGAAUCCCAAAACUCUGCUAUGCUCUUUUCCCAGUCAAAUAUGGUGACGGUAAACCAGCAGGAUCGAACUGAACCAAUGGCUUUGGGGAAUCCCACUCAUUCACAACGACAAGUCCUGUUUCAGGAACAGCAGCCUAUGCAGCUGGGCAGUAGUUCAGCCAGUCAGCAGGAGCAACCUGUGGGUCUCUUUAUGCCUCAGUCCAAUAUGUCUUCACUGCAGGGGGGGCUAGCUCAGGAGCUGGCACAGUCGGCCAUGUUUGGCCCUCAGAACAGUGUGGCAAACCUCCAGACAACCACCUCGUCUUCUGUCCAACGGCCAGGAACUAUGUUUCAGACUGCUGUGAGUGGAAGCCUUAAUCCGCCCAGUCAGCCACAGCAACCUGGUCUUUUCCUCUUUGGGCUUCAGAAUGGAUGCAGCCAGCUCAUGAACACUCCUGGAAACAUAGUCUCUGAUCAGAUCAUAGCCAUCAGCCAGUCAAGUCAGAACCAAAGAGAGAAUGACGUGCAUAUCCAGAACCUGCUUAGCCAAUCCUUGUCUCAGCCAAGGACUGUGCAGAACAGCAUGUCUGGUCCACAGAACAUGGAGAAGAUGGAUGACCUGCUGGUGAGCCUUCAGGAGUCCAGCAACACCUUGACCCGCUCAUAUUCCUUAAUUUCCCAAGGGGGUCUCCCAAGGGAUUAAUGAAGUACUAUCUAAUCCAGGGGUCCGCCUGUAGGUCAUUUGGUAGCGGGCCGCAGUGGGACACAGUGAAAAAACAUACUUCAGUUUUACUAAUUUACUUCAUUCAAAAAUAAUCCAGUCAUAUUCCUUUAUUUUUUUUCCUAUCAAAUGAUAGGUAAUUUAAAGGCAGAUACUAACAGAGUAAAGUCUAAAAGAUGUUUUAUUUAGAAAAUUGAAUGAUCCUUCAAUAAUGGCUGAUGCUGGCCGAUCUAGACAUUGGUACACAAAAGGUUGGGAACCGCUGAUCUAAUCUGAUCUAUUAACAUUUAAAAUAUUUAUUUUUCCCUGAAUAAAAACAACAUUUAGGAGACAAUCAGAGUGGCAGUGGCUUUGACAGUGUCACAAAAUAAUAUUUUGUUUAACACUUCAAUUACCCCCUCCCCAAAGCUGAGGAUUUGAGGAAAUAAUUUUAAAGACAAAGUAGAGAACAUAUUCUUUGGUAGGUUUUUAGUCCAGCCAGUUGACCAAAGAAAGAUAUGUCUCUAACUAUAAAUGACUGAAUGAUCUUUGUAAAAAAAAAAUAUAUUUUUUCAGGUCUGUGACAAACUUAAAUUAAUUUAAAUUAGACCAAUCUUUAUCUGUAUCUUACUUUAUGUAAAAACAAUAAUACUAAUAAGGUAAGAUGUAGAAUAAAAUUGUAAUUUUGUCCUCCAUCUUACUUUGUGUUAAUACAUGUUCUUGUCAGUUAGUCAGUUGUGUUACCAACUUUUGUUUUUUAGUUGUAUUCUGAAGCGAUUUCUAUAUCGUCAGUAGUGUCCUCUUUGUUUUGUUUGGGUUUUUUUCUGUUGUAUGAAGACGGGAGUGUGUGUGGUACAGCACGAAUGUUAGAGGCAGAUCCAGGCUAGAAAGAUGUGCUAAGUUACCAUUGUUGAUAGGGUGGGAUUUUAAAAAAUCCCUCUCCAACAGUGUAGAAGGAAUAGUGAAUGGAAAUUGGAUUUGUGGAGACAGAAGGAUGUUGAGAAGUUAAAUCGAUUAGACAAUUAGGGUAAAACUAGUGCAACAUGUGAUCAGAAAAAAGAUCAGAUGCUGUGCUAAAGUAUUGGUAUAUAAAUGUUUGGUGCAACGGUACCUGCAAGGAAUAUUUAUUGUUCAGUUCAGAGCUGUCGAUGUGGUGGGCAGAUUAGGUCACAAACUGUGAAAAUUAGAAACUUUAAAUCCAGCAAAGUGUUCACCCAGAAACACUUUUUGGAGGAAAAAAAGGAUAAACAUAUGUAGAAUAACAUUGAGUGUAUGCAGUUACCAUGUGGACCCUAGAUGGACUGAAGCAAGGUUUAGGUUGACAUUCAUAUUAUUUGGGGUUCAUAAAAUUCACAGAAAGGUGAUACUAGAAUGUGACAAACAGCGGUCGCAGCAGAGGUGGCCCUUCUGUGAUUUUAUUACCGUUUACAGGAUACAUUUCCCGCCAUGUUUGCAUGGCAGUAUUAUGCCAACGUACAGGCUCUGAGAGAACAUCUCUAAUCUGAUAUAUACCUAUAUAUUUUUUAGCUGGUGUCAUUGAUAGCCAGCCAUGUUACAUUUCUUUUUCAUUCCAAAAUCCUCUGAUAUUUAAUUUAUUACAAAUCUGGACAAUUCAAGACAAUGUUGAUCCAAUUCCUCUUCUGAAAUAUCGUCAUUACAGUGGUUAUCAGUUUAACUUUUAUUUACACAUACAUUUAUUUAGAGAGAAUAGUGUGAAAAAUAGUAUUUAAAAAAAAUAUUUCUAUAAUAUUAGUAAUCAUUUGCUUUAAUUUGCGUCAGGCACGCAUGAUCUGGAAUAGUAUUCUUGAAUGUGCUUUAAAAGAGCCUUGUACCAUUUGUAAUAAUAUGAUGUGAAUUUAGGGAAUGUUGAAAAUAAGCAGCAUUUUGUUAGGAUUAGAUUGUUCAUUGUGCAUCUCAUCUGUACUACGGUAUUAAAGUGCGAUAUAUUUACAAGUUUUCUUGUAUAAACAAGCAAGUUGUAAUGAUUCUGUGUUCUCUGCAGUUGGCCAGUGGUUUUAGGAACAAUUGACCCCAAGUGACUCCUGAUGAGAGGCUGUAUUGAUUUGUAUUGACUCAUGAGGAUUUUGUUUUUCUGCAUUCUGCAUUUUGCCUUAAGGAAAGCGUAGGCAGGCUCGUUUUCCCAGUUUUAGUCAUAGAUUCCAUGAUUAUGUCCAGCUGUCUGUGUUUCUUUCUGUUUAUUAUGAUCUUUUUGUAUGUUUGGUUUUACUCUGUUUGCGUGAACAAGGGGCUGGUCUCUAAUGUUGGCAGAACUAGCUCAAUCCCAGGUCUCAUGUUCCUCAUUAUCUACUCUGAUUAUUGAAAACAGGUCAGAAACACAGUUACAUUAGAUACACUUUAACAAUAUAAUAGCAGGAUUUUUUGGUUUAAUGAUGGAGAUUAUGUGGACUUGACAAAUGUGAGUUGUAUGUGUGUUUAAAGGGACCUUAAACCUGAAGAAACCUGAAUUGGGAGAUAAUAUCUUUCUUCAUCUUGAGAAGUGGAAAAGCUGUUCUCAGUUUAUGACUUGUUGAUGUGUGUUGCGUUUCUGUUGAUGUUUGUGUGUGUGUGUGUUUGCUGUGUUGGGAGUGUGCCUAAUUUAUUAGUGUGUUGGUUAUAUCCUUAAUUAUUCGUUAAAAUCAUGGAUGAUUUGUUGCAUCAUGAAUUUAAUUUCCUACACUGUGAUUACUAAUGACUGUACAUUACUGUGCAUGUGGAGUUACACCGUUGUAAAGGUAAAUUUGUCUUUAAAUUGCAACACUGUCAGAAGGUAUAUAUAUAUACAGUAAUUACAUAUAUAAAUGGUUGCAUCUGUCUGUAAAGUAAAGCCCUGAAGCUCACCAGAGAAAACAGGAAAACUUCUCAGUUGUUUUAUAGCAUCAAGAAAUGUUAUUCUUCUUCUCAUUUUGCUGUUAAAUUAAAUACAUUGGAACCUUUUUGUAAGUUAUGGUCCCAUUGUGAAGAUAAAGCAUAAGAGAAGGUGUUAUUUUUGACUGGAGUAGCCUGCAGUCAAUGUCAGCCACAUUUAGCGUCCACCAAGGACUUUACUUUACUGCAGAUGUGUCUUAAUUUGGAUUGACUACUGAAACAACAAGCACAGUUGAGAUCUAUCCAAAGGACUAAAACCAUUGGCCUAGGUCGCUUUUUCUAAGUACAGUUCAUGGUAGUGUUGUUCAAGGCUAUAGUAAAAGAACUGCUCUUGCUGAUAUUUUAAUUUAACUAUGCUGUUAUACCCAGAAAAAAUGGAAACAUUUACAAAUUAGAAUAAAAUAAAUAGCCCCAAGAAUUUAAUUUAGCUAUUAGGUACAGUAUUUUUUAAUCUGACUACGGGUGUCUUCCUGAGAGGCAGAAUGUUUAAAGCACACAUUGUGAAGAUAAUUAUUUUAAAUACAAUAAUAUUAUGCGUCUAUUUACAUCAUUGGAACAGAUCACUUUAAAAAAAGUGUUACUCUGUAUGUAGUCAGUGUGAACUGUAUGUUGUGCUGAGGCAUGGAUAAAGGUUAUCUGGAUUCACUGUCUCUGUUUCCUGCAGUGGAACAAUCUCCUGUCCACUACUGUAACAACAGCAUUUGCCACACAGGGUUUUUCUUCUUUUUUGUAAAAGUCACUUUAAACUCUAAUAUAAGCUGAAGAUGUGCCUUGAGGAGAUGAUAAAAGUGUUAAAUUGUUCUCCGACCAACAUGCCCAUAGAGGUAACGAGAAAGCUCAGAUUCCAUCUCAUUUAGCGACCACUUCAUCUGGCCUACCAACGUGCUUUUAAGGCUCAACUGUAGUGACCACAAGAAUGUGCUUGUGGUCGAUAAGUGUCUUGGGCAAUUUCUGUCAUGCAUAUGAACUUGAUUGUUCUGAAGUAUAUGUUGCAUUAAUGUUUGACCAACAUAGAUGCAGACACGUUUUCUCAAAAACUGCUAUGCAGCUAAUAUACUGUAAAUGUAGAUCUGUCAGUUUUUAAUAUAUAUUUUUCUAUAUAGCCUUUUCUGAUGAAGCAAAUUGGAUGUUGUUUCUUCUUUUAUUUAUGUCACUUGUUGAAAUUAUUUCUCAACAAAUGUUGAAAUUGCUUUAAAGGCAGUCCAAACAGAAAUAAAAUGUAUUAUGUAAAUGUC